UAAUUCCUAUUACCGUGCCGUUUCGCUUCCUUCGAUCUGGGCUUCUCUGAGGCUGCGAGAGAUGGUUAGGUCGGGAUUUCGACCCGGCCAGGUAUUAUCUUCAGGAAAACAUACUGGACCUGCUAAGUUAACCAAUGGAAAGAAGCAGACCCAUUUAAGAAAGAUAGCACGUUUUAAUGCAGAUUCUGGCUAUCCCAUCCAUUCUGACUCAGAAAGUCAGACUGAAACCGCACAGGGGCUUGAUGGUUGUGCUUCUUUGCUGCGGAACAUUUUGAGAAAUGAAGAUUCAGGUUCAGAAGUAGGAUAUUCAGAAAAUAGAUGUAAUCCUAGAAUUUUAGAAGGAAAAAGAUAUGGAUCUAAAAAGAAAGGACAUGAAAAACAUACUGUUCCUUCAUUAGUCCGGAAAGAAAUUUUAUCUUCAGAUUGUAAGAAACAGAUACAUAAUGAAACUUCUGCUGGAAGUGGAAGAGACUCAUCAGCUAUACAACAAAAUUGGUCACUCCAAGAUCAUUAUAGGAUAUAUUCACCUAUGAUAUACCAAGCCCUCUGUGAGCAUGUGCAGACUCAAAUGUCACUAAUGAAUAACUCAGCUUCAAAGAAUAACCCUAAUGGAAUUCGUGCUGUACCUUGCCACACUGUGUCUGGUUCUGAAGCUCAGGAAACUCCACAUUCUAGUUAUGGCUUAUCUACUUCCACACCAGUCCAGUUACCUCAGCAGCCACUCCACCCUUUAAUGGUUCAUUCUGAAGUUCAGACUGAUGGUGACAACCAAUUUGCGUCACAGCAUAAAACUGUUUCUGUGAACUGUACUGAUAUUUUAAGGAAUACCUUUAGUACUAGUCUUGGUGUUCAGUGUAACCUGCCCCAAACUGACAAACCAGCUGUUCCAGCAUUUCAGCAACUGGAUUUUGCUAAUGGAAUUCUUCCACAAGAAGAAGCUCCUCAGGAACCAGACCUGUUGAAGUACUUCCAAACGUAUAUGAAUCUGUUGCGUUCUCAUUCAGACAGUCAGACACACCGAAGCCCCACUCUAUUACAGCCAGCUUUCUUGGCCACUAAUGAAGAAAAUUGUGCCAAAGAACAAAUUGGAGAGGUCACAAGUGAAGGAAAGGAUUUAAACAUACACAUGCGAGAUUCAAGAAUAAAAGGUGUCCAGAAAGCAAAAAAGGAGAACCAGGAUGAUGAAAAAGUUAUAACUAUAAAGUAUUUGUUGGGAGAGCUGAAGACCCUGGUAGCAGAACAAGAGGAUUCAGAAAUUCAGAGACUGAUUACAGAAUUGGAGGCCUGUGUAUCUCUGCUUCCAGCAACAAGUGGAACCACAGAUAUUCAAGUUGAAAUAGCACUGGCAAUGCAGCCACUAAGAAGUGAAAAUGCUCAGUUACGCAGGCAAUUGAGAAUUUUGAACCAGCAACUUAGAGAACAAGGAAAAACUAAAAAGACAUCUGGUUCACAGGAAUGCAACCUUGAAUUGUUUUCCCUUCAAUCAUUGAAUAAGUCACUGCAAAAUCAAUUACAAGAGUCACUAAAGAGCCAGGAAUCACUACAGAGUAAAAAUGAAGAGCUUUUAAAAGUGAUUGAAAAUCAGAAAGAUGAAAACAAAAAAUUUGCUGAUAUAUUUAAAGAGAAAGAUCAAACUAUACUUGAAAAUAAACAGCAAUUUGACAUUGAGACAACCAGAAUAAAAAUUGAAUUGGAGGAAGCUUUAGUCAACGUGAAAAGCUGCCAGUUUAAGUUAGAAGCUGCUGAAAAGGAAAAUCAGAUAUUGGGAAUAACUUUACGUCAGCGUGAUGCCGAGGUGACUCGACUGAGAGACUUAACCAGAACUUUACAAAGCAGUAUGGCAAAGCUGCUCUCAGACCUUAGCAUGGACACUGCUCGCUGCAAGCCUGGGAAUAAUCUUACCAAAUCACUUCUGAACAUUUAUGAAAAACAACCGCAACAUGACCCAAUCCCUGCUCAGACUUCCAUAAUGAGCUACUUAAAUAAGUUAGAAACGGAUCACACUUUUACACAUUCAGAGCCACUUUCUGCAGUUCACAAUGAAGAAUGCAUAGUUCCAGACCGGCCCUAUGAAAAUGUUCUGCCUUCCAAAAGCCCUCAACGUACUAAUACUAGGAGCAUGGAGGAAGUAUCAGCCCCUGGAAUCAUCUCUCCCCUUUCAAAACAAGAUUCUGAUGAGGAGAGCGAAAUUACAACUUUAAUAGAAGGUGAGUGUAAUCUGGAUAAUACAAUUUAUAUUCCGUUUGCUAGAAGUACUUCUAAAAGGAAAUCACCACUAUCCAAGAGGUUAUCCCCCCAGCCACAGAUCAGUGCCGUUCCACCACAGCUGCUCAGCAACAGCGGACCUGUCUCAGAAAAAGAAAAGAAAUCAUGUGCACCUAGAGUUUGUUCUUCUUCCAAAAAGGAAGAAGAUUCAUCUGAGAAGCUUUCCAGAACCGCUGAAAUGGAGGACAAGCAGCUCCUCAAAAAAAUAAAGGAAGCCAUCGGCAAGAUCCCCGCCGCCGCGGAGCAGGAGCCCGCUGCGCGUCACCGCCCCUCCACUCGCCAGAGCUGCGGCUUUCAAGUGAAAGGUAGUGCUGUCUCCGAUGGCAGCUUUUUAAAUUCUGACUUGGCAUCGGACUGGAGCUUCUCUUCUUUCUCAACAUUCACAUCUCGUGAUGAACAGGACUUCCGAAAUGGCCUUGCAGCACUGGAUGCCAACAUUGCUCGACUGCAGGAGUCCUUGAAGUCUGGUCUGCUAGAGAAAUGAGCUCGGAA